AUGAGCAGCAUCAACAGCACCAGCAUCCUCUCCGAGAGGCAAAAGGAUGAAUUGCACAAAUCCAUCCUCGACUACUUCAAGACCAAUGGCCUUAACGAGUCGUAUCAGACGCUCAUGCGCGAAGCUGGUCAAGAUGGGUUCGUCCCGGAUCCCAAAGCAAAGUACGCCGGCUUGCUCGAAAAGAAGUGGACCAGUGUGAUCCGCUUGCAGAAAAAGAUCAUGGAGAUGGAAUCACGCAUGUCGCAGCUGCAAGAGGAACUAGCAGCUGCGCCUUCCGCCAAGCGUUCGGCGUCGCUCAACGACUGGGUUCCACGCACAUCGGCACGGCACACCAUGCAGGGCCACCGCAUGCCCGUCACCAAAGUCGCCUUCCAUCCGGUGUUCAGCCAAGUCGCAUCCGCGUCGGAAGACACCACCGUCAAGCUAUGGGACUGGGAGACGGGCGACUUCGAACGAACGCUCAAGGGCCACACCAAAGCAGUGCAGGACGUCGAUUUCGACAGCAAGGGCAACUUUGUUGUCUCUUGUUCCUCGGAUCUGUCCAUCAAGGUAUGGGAUGCUAACAACGACUACAAGAACAUCAAGACGCUCCAUGGGCACGAUCACAGUGUAUCGUCCGUGAAGUUCCUGCCAGGCGACGACUUUAUUGUUUCGGCGAGCAGAGACAAGACCAUCAAGAUAUGGGAGUUUUCGACUGGGUUUUGCACACGUACCUUGCACGGACAUGCAGAAUGGGUGCGCUCGGCGAUACCUUCCGAGGACGGGAGGUGGUUGAUCAGCUGUUCGACCGAUCAGACAGCGAGGAUAUGGGAGCUGUCGACAGGCGAAACCAAGGUCGAGCUGCGGGGACAUGAGCACGUCGUGGAAGUGGCCAUCUUUGCGCCCGUCGCGUCCUACGCUGCUAUUCGAGAACUCGUAGGCAUCGCAGCAUCGGCCAAGGAUGCAUCCGCCACAGCACCAGCCCAAUUCGUAGCCACCGGAUCGAGGGACAAGACCAUUCGUCUGUGGGACAGUGCAGGUCAAUGUUUGAAAACGCUCGUAGGCCACGACAACUGGAUCCGCGGAUUGGCGUUUUCACCCAACGGCAAGCACUUGCUAUCUGUAUCUGACGACAAGACGAUGCGCAUUUGGGAGCUGAAAACGGGUAGAUGCAUCAAGACGCUGGAUGCCCAUCAGCACUUUUGUACGAGCAUUGCUUGGGGGAAAGCCAAGAUCGAACAACCCAUUCCUCCGGCCCAGGACGGCGACCACGCUACCAACGGCUCCAGUCUGCCAGAGGCGAGGACCGUCAAUGUCGUCGCGACCAGCAGUGUCGAUCUCAGCGUCAAGAUCUGGUGUCCUUAG